ACUGGGCAGUAAAGCUUAGCAAGCAAGCAAUUAAUGUGGUGGUUGGUUCCCGUGAGUGUGAGCUGCUCCUGCUGCUGCUGGUGAGUCGGUGGGGAGUCGCAGUCCCGAUAUUGCUCGCCUUUUCGAUUACUCUUCUUCUGCUUCUUCUUUUCCAGUUAUAUUGCGAGGGACGACUCCAGUAGAUCCAGAUCUGUGCUUUCAAUGGCGUCCAAAAUCAUUCUCAUUACUGUCUUCAUACUCGAUCUCAUCGCUUUUGGUUUGGCGGUUGCGGCGGAGCGGAGGAGAAGCACUGGCACAACAAAGAGGGAUGGUGAGGAUAACUAUCAAUUUUGUGUUUAUGAUUCCGACAUUGCAACCGGGUAUGGCGUUGGUGCGUUUCUUUUCCUCAUGGUCAGUCAGUUAAUGAUAAUGGCUGCAAGUAAAUGCUUCUGCUGUGGAUCGCCACUAAAACCCGGCGGCUCAAGGGCUUGUGCUGUCAUCCUUUUCAUUAUGUGCUGGAUAACAUUUAUCAUCGCUGAAGUCUGCCUACUGGCCGGUUCCGUGAGAAACGCUUACCACACCAAGUACAGGUCGAGGUUCUUUGAGAACCCGCCUUCUUGUGAGACCGUGAGAAAGGGAGUCUUCGCUGCAGGGGCUGCUUUCACUCUAUUCACAGCCAUAAUCUCCGAGUUCUAUUACAUCAACUUCUCCAAGGCCAGGAAAAACUUCACUGCUUACGGAGGAGAAGCUGGAGUCGGCAUGGCAGCAUACAAGUGAGUCUCACUAAACAAGAAUGGUCUUAUUAGUUUGCAAAUAUAUCCCAUCUACUUAAUUCUUCUGCAUCAUUCAUUUGUUGUUCUUGAGUUCUAUUACUACUACAACUACUCUAUAUUGUAGGAUUUGGUACAUGUGAUUGAUUGUAUCCUGUGAAAUACAUCUGUGUUUGUCGA